AUGGACUCUCUUGGACACUCGUCGCAAUUGCUUUCUCUCCUCUUCCUAUUUUUCUCAAUUUCUGCUUCUGCGACGCCGUUUAACACUCCGAGGCUUGGAACAACACGGAGAACAUGGCAACAUGGACCUCAGACCACAUCCUCUUCAUCCGACACCGAGGAUUUCAAAACAUUUUAUCACGCCCAACCACUUGAUCACUUCAACCACAGGCCUGAUAGCUACACCACUUUUCAGCAAAGAUAUUUGAUCAACUUAAACUACUGGGGUGGAGCGGAUUCCAACGCACCAAUAUUUGCAUAUCUUGGCGCAGAAGAAUCUUUGGAUGUUGAUUUACCCAUCAUUGGGUUUCUCAGUGAUAAUGCCCUUCAGUUUAAGGCCCUCCAACUGUACAUAGAGCAUCGGUUCUAUGGUAAAUCGAUACCAUUUGGGUCAAUGAAAGAGGCUUUGAAGAAUGAGAGUACUCGUGGUUAUUUCAACUCGGCUCGGGCUUUGGCAGAUUACGCUGCUGUGCUCUUACACGUCAAGCAAAAUUUAUCUGCAGAAAAUUCUCCAGUAAUCGUUAUUGGAGGCUCCUAUGGAGGAAUGCUUGCAGCAUGGUUUCGGCUAAAGUAUCCGCACGUUGUCCUUGGAUCUCUAGCAUCUUCAGCUCCAAUCCUUUACUUUGACGAAAUUAUACCUCAAGAUGGAUACUACUCUAUAGUAACCAAGGAUUUUAAAGAAACUAGUCAAAGUUGCUAUGAAACCAUCCAGCAAUCAUGGGCUGAAAUUGAUAGAGUUGCUUCCACACCUCCUAAUGGCCUUUCAACCCUUAGCAAGAGCUUUAAUACUUGCAGUCAAUUAAAUACAUCUGAUGAUCUGAAGAACUAUUUGGAGUCGAUAAUUACUGACGCAGCUCAAUAUAAUCAUCCCCCAGAAUACCCAGUAAGUGUUAUCUGCAGAGCCAUUGAUGGAGCAGCAGUUGGAACCGACACUCUUGGCCAAAUAUAUGCGGGUGUUGUUGCCUAUAAAGGAGACCAGUCAUGCUAUGACGUGAAUGAAUUUAAUUAUCCAACUGAAACAAAUCAAGGGUGGAAAUGGCAGACAUGUAGUGAGAUCGUUAUGCCCAUUGGCCAUGAUAGCAACGGCUCUAUGUUCCCUCCAUCACCUUUCAAUCUAAACAAAUUCAUCAAUGACUGCAAGAGCUCCUACGGCGUCCAGCCUCGGCCUCAUUGGGUGACAACCUAUUACGGCGGUCAUGAUAUAAAAUUGAUUCUCCAUAGCUUUGCUAGUAACAUUAUAUUCUCCAAUGGGCUAAGAGAUCCUUACAGUAGUGGCGGGGUUUUGGAGAACAUAUCAGACAGCGUCGUCGCUGUCUCUGCAGUUAAUGGUUCUCAUUGCUUGGACAUACUGGAGGCAAAUCCAAGUGAUCCGCAAUGGUUGGUGAAGCAAAGAAAGACAGAGGUGGAGAUAAUAGAAAAAUGGAUUGCCAAGUACAAGGAUGAUCUUCUGGUGUUCAAACAGAACAUUCCUGAAUGA